AGCAAGACCUCAGCCAUGAGACUUCUCCUCCUGACUUUCCUGGGAGCCUGCUGCCUCACCACGUGCUCUGUGGAAGGCGUGGGCACUGAAGCCCUAGAAGAGAGUUUCUGUGUGAGUUUAAGGACCCAGCCGCUGCCAGUUCAGAUAAUCAAGACCUAUACCAUCAGGGAGGGCAUAUUGAAAGCAGUUAUCUUUGUCACCAGACGAGGACUGAAAAUCUGUGCUGAUCCACACGCCCAAUGGGUGAAAGCAGCAAUCAAAACUGUGGAUAAAAGGUCCCGUGACAGAAAGAACAUGACUGAAACUAGUCCCACGAGAGCCCAGCGGUCCACCAACUCAGCCAUGACCCUGUCUGGGUAGUGCUCUCUGGGACACUGUUCCCUCAACAGCCGAGUAGCUCAUCUCAGUUCGCAGGCUCAUGGACUAAUUGUGCUACAUUUACUUUUUACGAAAUGUUGCAUGAAUAAAGUUGUUUUUUUUUAUUUUUUAUGGCAUUCAUUUUAAAUGUUAUAAGUAAUAAAUAUUUAUUAUUGAG